AUGAUCGGUCUACUCGUUCUCACGGCCAUUCCGACCACGACGGGCGUGGCAUUCGCAACCAGCGAGCAGCGCAAAGCAAACCAGCGCAAGGAAGAUGCGCGGCGCAUGCUCAAAUUCAACAUCGAUGUAGAAUGCGACGGAGAUACGGACGACGAUCGCGACGUUAACGGGCGAAGAUUAGUGGUUCGAAAUGACAAGGUUUACCUUGACCAUCCAAACCCCGCAGACCGUUCAAUUCCGGCCUUCACAGUCCUCGCCUUCUAUAUUGAAUACCCCGAACUCGAAGAGACCAAACACCUCAAACGCGGACUCGGUCUACCAACUUACGUCUCCGCGAACCCACCCUUACUGAACUGGAUCUAUGCGGACGUCAACACGCACGAGAUGAAAUACGGGAACCGCUCCCAGAGCGUGACGCAUAUUGUCGGGCCGUGGGAUUGGACGGAGAAUGAGAGGGUGAUAUCCCUUGAAGAGAGUACGAGAUUUGUGGCGGUUGAAGAGGAGGAAGGGGAGUGGGCGCUUUAUUUUGAUGGAGACGAGGAUGAUUGUGAGGCUAUUUUGGAGGAACAGGGGAAAUUGGAUAAGGCAUUUGUGCCGGUAAAGUUGGUGAGGAGGCCUGCUGAGGACCCGCCACCAGCGCCCCAACAGGCUCCGAGUCAGAGUCAAGCACAGGGUUCUAGUGAAGAACCCAAAAAGGCAGAGGGCCAGUGA